GGUCGCAGGUUCUGAGACUACCUGUGAUUAUUAUUAUUGUUGUUGUUGUUAUUGUUAUUCCUACUACUACCUUCCCCUCAUCUGCCAGUUCUCCGUCUUCGUCUCCAUCCCCGUACCUGGCUCCGCCAUAGGCCCUGUGUUUCGUUCGGUGAAAGCACACACACCAUGGAGGCACCCGAUUUCGCAGAAAAGAUUGUCCAUAAGGACGAUAGUCCCGCGAGCGUGGAACACGCCGAAAAGCCCCAUGAACGACACGAUGUGCUUGACAUCGAGGGUCGAGAGGGGGCUAGCUUGAACGCCGUUUUCGAGAAUCCCCUCGCUGGGAUUCCGCGCGAGCAGCUGUUCGACGAUGUCGAGCGCUUCUGUCGUCAGUAUGGUCUCGAGAGCCACUUGGACGAGUUUCGCAAGGGCGCUUUGAUCUCGCAGGAUCCGCAGAAUGCGCUGGAUCUCCCGGAGCUGACGGAGGAGGAUAGGGAAGUUAUCAGACGGGAGCAGACGCAUAAGUGGUCUCAGCCGUGGCAGCUUUAUUGGAUGGCGGCGAUGUGUUCUCUCGCGGCAGCCGUGCAAGGAAUGGACGAGACGGUCAACAACGGCGCUCAAGCGAUCUACCUCAAGGAACUGGGAAUCACCUCCCCCCGAUUCAGCGAGAAAAUGCAAAACUACCUGACCGGCCUGGUCGUCGGCGCGCCGUACCUCGCCUGUGCAUUAGUCGGCUGCUGGCUGACCGAGCCGAUGAACCGAUACCUGGCGCGACGGGGAACGAUCUUCGUUUCGUGUCUGAUCGCGGCCAUCGCGUCGAUCUGGGAAGGCGUGGCCAAUUCCUGGGUCAACCUGUUUCUGGCACGGUUCGUCCUCGGCCUGGGCAUCGGCUCCAAAUCAUCCACCGUCCCCGUGUACGCGGCCGAGUGCUCCCCGGCACCGAUCCGCGGCGCGCUGGUAAUGAUGUGGCAGAUGUGGACGGCCUUCGGGAUCAUGCUGGGCAACAUCAUGGGGGUCGCCUUCAUGAGCCUCCCCAACGACCUCUCCUGGCGCCUAAUGCUCGGCUCGACGGUCGUCCUGCCCAUCAUCGUCUGCGCACAAGUCUACUUCUGCCCCGAAUCCCCCCGCUGGCUCAUCCAACACAACCGGAUCGACAAAGCGUUCAAAGCCUUCCGCACCCUGCGCCCCUCCGACCUCCAAGCGGCCCGCGACCUCUACUACGCCUACAUCCAAGUCGAGCUCGAACGCAAAAUCAACACCGGCAAGAACUUCUUCAGCAUGUUCCUCGAGCUCUUCACCAUCCCGCGCAACCGCCGCGCCACCCUCGCCACCUGGAUCGUGAUGUUCCUCCAACAAUUCUGCGGCGUCAACGUCAUCGCAUACUACUCCACCACCAUCUUCGAAGACAGCGGCUACAGCACGCAACAGGCCCUCCUCGCAUCCAUGGGCACGGGGAUCCUGAACUGGGUCUUCGCCCUCCCGGCCUUCUUCACAAUCGACACCUGGGGGCGCCGCAACCUGCUUCUCUUCACCUUCCCCUUCCUAGCCAUCUUCCUCCUCUGGUCUGGCUUCUCCUUCUGGAUCGACGCCGACGAUCCCACCAGCAAGAAGCGCGUCGCGAUGGUCACCACAGGAAUGUAUCUCUUCGAAGUCUUCUACUCGCCGGGCGAGGGCCCCGUCCCGUUCACCUACUCCGCGGAGGCGUUCCCCCUGCAGGUCCGCGAGGUCGGCAUGUCGUGGGCGACGGCGACCACGUGGUGCUUUAACUUCAUCCUCUCGUUUACGUGGCCCCUCCUGCUGAGUGCGUUUAAGCCCCAGGGCGCGUUCGGGUGGUAUGCGGCUUGGUGUGUGGUGGGGUGGUUUUUGGUGUUGUUGUUUGUGCCGGAGACGAAGGGUACGUAUCAUUGUUCUUUGUUUCCAUUGGCUGGGCUGGCUGGGUGAUUUGGGAUGUGUGCUGACGACGAUCCUGCAUACUGCAGAAUUAACCCUCGAGGAACUCGACCAGGUCUUCUCCGUCUCGACCCGCAA